AUGGAUCUCAUGAGUAUUUUAAAGGAACACGCUAAGACGAUAGCAAUGAUACGUGAAGCUGCACAGGAUCACCCUCAUCCAGUUGCCAUCGCUCUUGAUACAAAAGGUCCAGAAAUCCGAACAGGCAUGCUACAUGGGGGCAAAGACGUAACGCUGAAGCAAGGUGACACCAUAAUUUUAUCGACAGAUCCUCGUCUGAAGAACAGCGGCACCGCGACAACGCUCUAUGUUGACUACCAAAAUCUGCCCAAAAUUGUCCAAGAGGGAAGUCGCAUUUUCAUCGAUGAUGGUUUGAUAUCACUCACAGUUAAAGAGAUCUUCUCAGAUUCUGUGAUGUGCGAGAUCGAAAACGGUGGCGAGCUGGGAAAUCGGAAGGGAGUGAAUCUUCCCGGCACCACAGUUGAUCUUCCUGCUGUCACUGAGAAAGAUGAAGCAGACUUGUUGUUCGGUGUUGAGCAGAAAGUGGAUAUAAUUUUUGCGUCGUUCGUCAGGAACGCAGAGGGAAUCCGGGAAAUCCGACGAAUUUUAGGAGAAGCGGGUAAAGACAUAGCCAUUAUCGCAAAAAUCGAAUGCGAAGAUGGAUUGAUGAAUGCCGACGAAAUAGUCAGAGAAGCCGAUGGCGUUAUGGUUGCUCGAGGAGAUCUUGGAAUUGAAAUACCUCCUGAAAAGGUAUUCCUCGCGCAGAAGAUGUUGAUAGCUAAAUGCAAUAUGGCUGGGAAAGCUGUGAUAUGUGCGACGCAGAUGUUGGAAAGCAUGAUUACAAAAGCUCGACCAACACGAGCUGAAUGCAGUGAUGUUGCAAAUGCAGUCCUAGACGGUGUGGACUGCGUGAUGUUGUCGGGUGAAACCGCCAAAGGUCUUUAUCCACUGGAAACUCUCAAGAUGAUGCAUUCAAUCUGCAAAGAAGCUGAGACUGCAUUUUACUACACCAAAUACUAUGAGGAAAUCAUGUUCCACACUGUAAAGCCGACUGAUCGUACACAUACCACUGCCAUCGGUGCAGUUUCUGCUGCUGUUUCCUGCAAAGCCAGUGCAAUCAUCCUCAUCACUUCCACUGGAAGGUUCCGGCAGAGGGGAGAUUUAUCGGUAUAA